AUGCAGGAUCUCAGUCAAAGAAUAAGCCAGCAGCUUACCACGCUGCGCGACAGCUGCAGCUCGAACAGAAACGGCGGCGUCGGCUCCGGCGGCGGCGGCUCCGGCAGCUCCGACUCCCUCGGCGGCGGCGGCGGCUCCGGCAGCUCCGACUCCCUCGGCGGCGGCUUGGCCGGCGGCGGCGGCCUCUUGCGCUGUGGCACCUACGGCUGCGGCGGCGGCGGUGGCGGCGGCGGCGGCGGCUAUCUUUAUCUCCUGCAGCCGCGCCAUGGCUACAACCUACCAGCUACGCGCAACCGGGGAGGCAGGCAGGGAGGCAGGGAGAUGAUUGCUGAGAAGGAUGAAGAGGAGUUGCCCGAGCAGCUUACCCAUUCGAUCAUGAAAGUUCCACUUUGUAAGGAUUACAACCAUUCACUCUACUCCAACUCCAGCAAAGGAAGCUCCGGUUACAGCCUCCCAGUCUCAGGUUUCCAACAGACAUGGAAGCGCCCAAAUUCUGCAAGUUGCAAUGUUUGA